AUGCCGAGGGGGCAGAAGAGUCGGCAGCGCAUGCGUGCUAAGCGUUACCAUGCACGUGGUCAGAGCCGUGGUCUGCAGGAGGCAAAGACCAAGGCAGAGGAGGACGUGGAGUCGGCCACGUCUUCUGUUAGCGAUGAUGAUACUUCCCCUAGUCCUCCUGAUAUCUGCACCCUGGAGCACUUUUGGGAUGAUAUGCCAUCUGGCUCUCCCAACGCAGGUGUUUCCUGUGCGAGUUCCCAUGCAGGUGUCAUGAGUCUCGAUGAAGAUGCUGGCGAGACCACGUCAGUGAGCAUCUUCUCGGAGGGAUCUAUCACUCAGAGAAUGUGUAGAGAUCCUAUCGCCAGAAAGACGCGUCGGCUAGUGCAGUACCUGCUGGAGAAAUAUAAAACCAAAGAGCGCGUCACUCAGGCAGAUAUGCUAAAAGUAAUUAAAAAGAAACACAAGCAACACUUCCCUGACAUGUUCAGAAAGGCCCGUGCCCGCAUGGAACUAGUCUUUAGUAUUGAGUUGCAGGAAGUAGACCCCAAUAGUCAAUCCUAUACCCUUGUCAGCAAGUUUGGUAAUGUCGAUGGCAGUGUUAGUGGCUGGGUGCCCAAAACUGGCCUGGUGAUGACACUCCUGGGUGUGAUAUUCAUGAAUGGUAACCAUGCGAGUGAAGAAGAAAUGUGGGACUUCCUGAAUGCCUUCGGGAUCCAUGCUGGGAGGAAGCAUUUAAUCUUUGGGGAACCCCGCAAACUCAUCACCAAAGAUUUGGUGCACGAUGGGUACCUAGAAUACCGCCAGAUACCUAAUAGUGUUCCUGCUCGCUAUGAGUAUCUGUGGGGUUUCAGAGCCCGAGCUGAAAUACCCAAGAUGAGAGUGCUGGAGGUCUUGGCCAAGAUCACAGAUACGGUUCCUAAGGCCUUUCCCAUGCUGUAUGAUGAAGCCCUAAGAGAACAGGAAGGAAGAGUCCGAGACAGAGCUGCGGCUGGAGAUAGGUUUCCUCCUUUCACCUACUUUUAG